AUGACGGAUAUUAGCCCAACAGUCUUGAUCGAUGAGUGGCUGCCCGUUUCCCCGCCAGCAGCCAACGCCACAGCCGCCGCGAGCUACGCAAACGGCUCAAUCCAGAUUGUCGUUUCUCACCCUGCCGCCCUCGCCAGCGGCCUCUCCUCCUCGCCGGCCAAAGCGGCCGGCAACGGCGGCAGCGGAGCGACGGCGAGAAAGCGCCGCCGUGAGGCCUUGGCGGGUGCCGGCAAGCAGCCGAAGCGGGCGAGGGGGAAGAAGGAGAAGACUCCGCUGACCGAGUCAACCGCCGCAAAUGGCGGUGAGCAGAAGCAAGCGGACGCAUUCAACGCGAGCGAUUCGGAUCCUUGCGAUCGCCCUGAGAGUGCUCCUGAAUCCCCCACUUCCCCCGCCUUCCGGCGCGGCGGACUAGCCGCGCAGUGGAAGCGCGGCGGAAUUUCGUCCAGUGGCGGCGGAGAGGAUGCGCGCAGCCCCACGGCGCAAACCCCCGUACCGACGAAUCUUGAAGCGAGCGCACGCGCCAAUCGCGGCGCGAAACAGAAGGCAGAUGUUGUUGUCGGGCAGCCUCUGGCGAAGAAGUUGGUGCGGCGAUGUUCGCUACUGCCUUCGCCAGCGCCCAUUUUUCGCCAAACGCUAGGCGAGCUUUGGAGCCUUCUCGACCCCUCCUCGUUCAGUGCCUCCGAACCUGCUUCCAGCCUCGAACAACCGACCAAGCCCGGCCCGAGCCAGAGCUUCAGCCUCGGGCAGGAAGCAACCACCAGCGAGCCGCCUACCCCGAGCGCACAGAGCUGCUUUCAGCGAUGCCCCGCGGACGCGGCGGCUGCGGCGACGGAUGCGGAAGGGGCGAAUGGCGCGGGAUCUGAAAAUGGCGCGGGAUCUGACAUUGGGGCGCGGUCGAUCUGCGCGCAGACGAGCGGCGGCUCGGCAGAUGCGGAAGAAGGGUCGCUGGACUCAGUGAUUGGCGGCGGGAAACGCGGACCAUCAAAGACAGCAUCCGCGGCAGCGUCCGCCAGAGCGCGCAGCGGGGGGGCCGCCAUUACGGCGAGGCAGGUGGCGGUGUUGCGCGAGGCGGUAGCAGCGGCUCACUCGGCGGGAAGGGCGGUCGUCUCGCCCGCGGGGAGCUCCCCUGCGGAUGCGGGGGCUUCGAGCGGCUCACAGGGCGGAGGGGACGGCGGGAAGCGGCGCGCACGAAGGCCGUUCUCGCGACAGGGCAGCUCCAACGCGCCGCACGUGGCCGUGCGCGACGGCAAGGCGGCGGGCGCGCGUGGCGCGCUGGGGGAGGACGCGAAUGGCGCGGAGGUGGCGCUGGGCCCCUCGUUUGAAUCACAGCUGUGUGGGUCACCCAACUGGAGCGGCUCCCCAGAUCUCUCGUUACAGGCACACUCGAUGCAGUCACUGUGGCCUGACGAAGGCUCUUCGGACCUCCCACUCGUGCCUCUGGCCUGCGCUGGCGAGCAAGGCUCGGGUGUGUCGCCGAACCUGCUGCCGAACCUGGAUUGGCAGAUGCCAUCAGGGAUGGAAUCCAGGGAGCAGGUCGAGGUGGACUGGGCUCGCCUGCCGGACCUAGACGAGCUCCCAAACGACUCGCCUCGGUAUCCGAACCUGGACGCGAGCCUGGCGCCGAGACUGCCGGCCAGCCUGGAUGGGGUGUCAAGCCUGGCAUACUGUGGGCAAGGGGGGCUCAGCGAGCAAUGGCUGCCAGUGCAGCAACAGCAGCCCGAACCGCAAGGGCAAGAGCAGCAAGAGCAGGGGAUGGUUGUGGAGGAUGGGGAUGGGGAUGGAAGAGCGGAAGGCACAGUGGAAGGCGGCAUGGAAGGCAAUGUGGAGGGCAGAGUGGCGGCAGAGGCUCACGAGGCGGUGGCCAGUGCGGUGCAGAGGGAUGCUGUGGGCGGGGGUGAGCGGUGGAGUGCCCAUGAAGGGGGGCCUCUGGUAGAGCCCACUCCGCCUCAAGGGCCACCGGUGACCCAGCCCUGCCUUCUGAUUGGCCAGCCCCAGCCACUGCAGGCAAUGAGCGCGGGGGAUGCUGCCAGCGUGGCACCAAUGGACUUCGAGGCAGCUGCCAGCGUGGCAGGGCGUGCGGAGCUCUGGCAGGCGCCCCACGCCAUGAGCGAGGGGGGCUUGGAGGGGAUGGACGGAGAGGAAGGAGGAGUGUGGGAGGAGUUGGAGGUGGUGAUGUGCGGUGUUAAGGGAGGGACAGGGGGUGGUGAUGACAUGGAGGAGGGGCGGGAGGGGGCGAGAAGGGAGUGGGACCUGGCUUCUGCGGUGCGCGAGUGCACGGCAGCCCGCCUCUCCCCCACGCCACCCACCGCCGCCCCCCCUGCUGCCAUUGCACCUCCUCUGCCUUGGGCAUUCACCGCCCCUCUCGCCUCCCUGCCUGCUGCUGCCGCCUCUCCAAGCGCAACUCCUCAUCACCUCGGGGCUGCCACUGCACCUUCACCUGCUGCUGCAUCCGUGCAUGCUGAUGGUAUCGCUACUGCUACCACCGUUGCUGCUGCGGCUGCACCCAACGCCACCCAAGCUGCCACCACUGCCUCGUUGCUCCCACCUGCUCCUGCUCCUGCUGCUGAGAUCAGCCCUCGCCCCCUUACCUCCUCUGCGCCUCCUCUCGCCUCUCCCUCAAUUCCUCUCGACUCGCGCCAAAGCAGCUGGGCAGCAGCGUGCCGGACAGCACACCGCCGCCCAACCAGCAGCAACGCCACCUCUUGUGUCUCUGCUGGCACGGCUGCUGCAGCCGCCACUGCUGCUGACGCCACCGCUGCUGGCACUAUCGCCGCUGCUGCCAUCCCGUCGCACCUGCCGGGGCGGGCUCUGAGCUGCAGCAGCCUCUCUCUCGCCCACUCUCGCUCUCGCAGCCCCACCCUCCCUCCGCUUGACCGCACCAUCAGCAAUAGGGCGCCGGCAGCGGCACUGCAGAUGCAGUCACAGGGAGCAGCGCACACACCACACAGAGGGCGUGGUGGCAGUGACGGGAAUGGCGGGCCGGGAGUGAAGGAGCAGGAGGUGGUGGUGCAGCUGCUAUCCCGUGUGGCGACGGUGGAUUGGGAGGAGGUGCGGCGGCCCAUGUCCCGCGCAGCACAGUCCAUCCAGUGCGACUGGGCCCGGCGCCGCCUCAGCUCUGUGAAGCGCUGGGGGGACGUACCCGUUAUAAGCCUCCCCGAUUCAAGCGUGUCAGAUGGCAGUUUGCAGGAAGGUGCGAGCAGGGUGCGGGGUGACGGGGUAGGAUGGGGGGGUGGAGGAGGAGUGGGGGCGGCAUUGAGUGGAGUUAGUGACGUGUCUGCUGGGGCAGGGUCAUGUGUGAAGGGGGCGUGA